AUGUGGCAUAUGAAAAUUGUCAAGAACAACAAUCCCAAAAUUAACUACAAGUAUUGGGUAUGUGUAGCAGGAUACUUAAAGGAUGGUACGUAUAUAGAAUCUUCUCCUAUUUUAGAUGCUGAAUCUCCUAGGGUAGUUGUUUCUGAAAAUAGUCGGUAUUACUUAAAGUAUAAUACAACUAUACAGAAAAAAUUACCUCCUCCAUCUUUUAACGUCGAUGAGCUUAAUAAAUUUUUAAAUGGGUUUCCUAAAGACUGGAAGAGCAUAAUUAAGGAACAGAUAUCAAGAAUUUAUGGUAAAGAUUGUGUGAUUUCUCUGUCGACGGAGAAAAAAAUAUAUGCGAAUAUCCAAAAAACGGACGAACUGUUUGAUGUUUUACAUAAGAAUAUUUUUGAAAAUGGUAGUGAUUCGAAUCGAACAGUAAAGGCUCAGCAUGUUGAUUCUAAUCAUCACUUAGUGAAAGAUCAUUUAAAGAAACAUAAAAAACUUCGGAAUUUUUAUCUUGAUGAUACCAACAUUGAAAUUAGUUCUUAUAAAGGAAUUUUUAAGAAAAGCUUUAAUCAAAAUCGCGUGGAAGAAUUUAAUAAUGGCAGAUAUAACAGAUCUGAUACAGCAAUAAUGUUUUAUAACCAGGAGGACAUGUUUGCUAAUAAGGACAUUAAAGAAAAUCGAAAUAAUAAAACCUCAUUUUAUCAUGAUGCAAAUUAUCAAUGUGGAAGUAAUAACCAAUCGUACUAUUCACCAUACAAGAAUUCUUAUUUGCAUGAAAAAAGUACUACUGAAAAUCAGAUCAAUAAUAUGUGCAGAUAUCCAGAAUCAAAAGAUAUUUCUAUCAAAAAUUCUAAUACUUCCCAUCCUUAUGACGUUGGUCACCAGAAAACAAUUCCUGGUGCGAAAAAUUACUCUGAAAAAAAUGAAAAUGAUCGUUCUGAAAGACAUGAUUUUGGUCAAAAGUUAUUUACGGAUAGAAAAAGGACUAAUAGAAAUGAUUCAAAGAGUAAAAAUUCGGUAAAACAAUCAAAUAAGAAAAAAGAAAUCUUUAGAAUUGAAAGACCUAAUGAUUCRGCGGUUGGAAAAGAAGUUAAAAGGCAAGACACAAUCAAUUCAAAGUAUCCUAUUAUUAAAAUUAAAGGGGCUGACAUUGCAGUUGCAGACUUUUCAAAAAAGACUAAAGAUUCUGACUAUACAUCUGCAUCGUUUAAAAAUACAGAGAAGAGAAAGUUUGUACUCGAUGAGUUGGAUGAAGAUUCUGAAAAAGUGGAAAAUUCCUCUGAGGAUUCUAAUAACUCUUCAUAUAAAAAAGAAGAAGCAAUGAAACUAGGAGACAAAAAGAUACUUUAUGAUGAUAUUAUUCUCAAUAAAAAAACGGUAGAGUUUAAGAAUUCUGGGACAGAGAAAAAUAUUAAGUUAAUAAUAAAUGAAAAAGAUAACGAUUUACCCAUGUUGAACAGUUAA